AGCCGAACUAUUGAAAUAAUCUUAAAAUUAUCUUGUAAGAGUUAUGUUCAACAAUUUUUUAGUUGCUUGAAAUCUGACAUAAGUAUUUAAUGUUUUGUUUGUUUGGACAAUAUUUCUGUGGUACUGGAAAAUAUUAAAAGAUGAAGUUAUAAUUAAAUUGAGGACAUACAGGAUUAUUUUUUCUUUAACUUUAACAACAUUUAAGAUGGCUACCUUUUCUCAGUCAACUGUGGAUAAAGGAUCUGAUUCAUUUACAGACUUUAGUUGUUCAUCGUGUCUAGAGCACAAAAUUGACCAGUGGGCAGACUUUUACUGUAAUAACUGUCAAAAAUGUUAUUGUGCAAAAUGUUUUAAACCCCAUGGUCAGUUGUUUGGGAAACAUGUGACAUAUGGAAGGGGAGACAAAAGUAAGUGGCCAGUGUUAAAGGAAGUGGAGGAUUUCCUUCGGAAAUGUGACCUACAUGGGGACGAAGAUCUAAAAAUGUUAUGUAAUGACCACAGUCAGCUGUGCUGCACUAAUUGUGCUUUCCUCAAUCACAGUCAAUGCACUAAGGUAAUCCUGAUAUCCAAGUUAGUCAAAGGACCUUCACCUGACUUACAGCAAGUAUCAAAAAAGAUUCAAACUAUUCUGGAAACACUAAAGAAACUGGAGAACGAUUGGAACACCAACAUGCAGUCUGUGCAGGUCUCAUACAGCAAACAAUUACAUAAAGUACGUCAGACACGCCAGACAAUAAAUACAAUUUUAGACAAGAUUGAAAAGAACACCAUAAAAGAGCUAGAUGAUAAGAUGACCACUCUGAAAGCUUCUCUCAAGACUGAUAUGGACAAUUGCAGCAAGCUUAAAAAUGAACUGAAACAACUCAGUGACGCAAUUCAUGAUAUUGUUGAUAAGGGCAAAUCAGAACUUAUAUUUAUUGCAAGUAAGAAAUGUCUGGAAAAAAUUAGGCAGUCAGAAACUUAUCUGCGGGAGAACUCAGUUCAGCUAGAAAGAUUAUUAACAUUUCAGGCUGACAUUGAUAUUGAACAGUUCUUCUCCACACUGUCAUGUCUGGGGAAGAUUGUGCUAGGUGACCAAAACCAUGUAUUUACUGUGCAGGGAAAGUCAGAGUAUGAGGUGACAAUACCAAUUGAUUCAUCGCCUUGUGUACUCAAUGGCAUCUGUGUUCUAUCCAAUGGUCAGAUGCUUGUAGCAGAUACUUUUUAUAAUAAUCGUGUUAAGCUACUAGAUCAGCAAUACCAGGUGGUCGGACACUGUGAUUUAAAUGCUCAUGAUAUGUGUCAAAUCACACCAAGUGAAGUAGCCGUUGCUUUCGAAACUUUGGACAAUACACAUGGGGUCCAGUUUGUCUCAGUGAAUGAUGGGCAUCUGGUAAAGGGCAGGAAGUUACGGUUUCAACAUGAAUGCUGGGGUAUUGCUUAUGAUCAGAAGGACCUGUAUCUCACCACUGGCAAUGCACUUCACAAGUAUUCAAUGAGUGGAGAACUGUUGAAUAAGAUGUACGAGGAUACAUCAAGCAGGUUUACAACAAUGAGGUGUACAGUUAGUCCAACAGGUGACAAGAUAAUCGUCAUCAACAGCGUCCAUGACAAGGUCCUCACACUUGCUAGAGAUGGUAGUGUACUCUGCACCUUCACAGACCCAGACCUAAAAUGGCCACUUGCUAUACAUGUGACAGCUCAGGGACAGGUGCUGGUCUGUGGGCAACAUUCCAACACUCUCCUACAGCUGGAUGGGGAAGGCAGGAAGAAGCUGGCAACCCUUGCUACCAGUAGGGAUGGACUUAAAUAUAUAUGGUCAGUCUGCUACAACAGGAGCACAGCCUCAAUCAUUGUUGCACAAUUUGAUGAAAAGAUCCGGGUGUUUAAAGUACAAUAG